CACCAAAGAAAAAGAUUCAAUUCAGCCUUCCGUUCAAGCACAUAUCAACCUUGAUGAAUAGCAAAUUGAUUGCCUAAUUCAUUAUGUCAGUAACAAUUUUGAAUGCCAACCGCAGAUUGACCUACAUCUGCAUAUUACAGAGUAUUCGUGGUCGCAUGAUGCACAAUCAAGCUGGGCCAGAGGUUCUGAUUGAGAGGGUGGGCACUGCAGGGAUAAUCACACUAAACCGACCAAAAGCUCUGAAUGCACUGAACCUGUCUAUGAUCCGAAUGAUUUACCCUCAACUUAAGAAAUGGCAGGUAGAUGAAGAGGCAGCCAUUGUCAUUAUUAAAGGAGCAGGUGGAAAGGCAUUUUGUGCGGGUGGAGACAUCAGGGCUGUCACAGAAGCAGGAAAGGUUGGAGAUCCUCUCGCACAGGAUUUCUUCCGCGAGGAAUACAUUCUGAACCAUGCAAUUGGAACUUUACAGAAACCAUAUGUGGCCCUUAUUGAUGGAAUCACUAUGGGAGGGGGUGUCGGCCUCUCCGUCCAUGGGCGUUUUAGGGUGGCGACGGAGAAGACGCUUUUUGCCAUGCCAGAGACAGCAAUUGGGCUGUUUCCUGAUGUUGGAGGUGGUUACUUCCUGCCGAGGUUGCAAGGCAAGCUAGGUCUGUUCCUUGCCUUGACGGGUUUUCGUCUUAAAGGACUUGAUGUGCAGAGAGCAGGGGUGGCCACUCACUUUGUGAAGUCUCAGAAGAUUGCAGCCCUUGAGAAGGAACUGGUUGAGUUGAGGUCUCCCUCCAAUGCAGAUGUUUCUAGAAUACUAGAUUCCUACCACAAACAGAGCAUUCUGGAUGCAGAAAAUGGAUUUGUCCUUCAACAGCACACAGAUGUGAUUGAUAGACUUUUCAACUCUAGCAGUGUGGAAGGGAUUCUGCUGAACCUGAAGACAGAGGGAUCACCAUUCGCACUUAAACAGGCUGAGAUUUUGUCCCAGAUGUCUCCUACGUCGCUAAAGAUAACCUUCAAACAACUGCAGCAGGGAGCCACCAUGAGUCUGCAGGAAGUGCUGGUGAUGGAGUAUAGGCUCAGUCAGGCAUGCAUGAGGGGCCAAGACUUCUACGAGGGAGUUAGAGCUGUGCUCAUAAACAAGGAUCAAAAUCCAAAAUGGAAUCCCUCGACACUGGAAGAGGUGUCAGUGCAGGAUGUGGAUGAAUGUUUCUCCUCCUUGGGAGACCAGGAUCUUCGACUCAGAGGCCCAAGACAGCAUUCACCCUCAGUUCUCCACCACCUAUGAGUCCCACUGUCACACUCUUGCUAAUGAAUGUUUCUAAACGUUUGUUAGUUUACUACACAAUACCCUAACAGUGCAGUGCUACAGUAACAACAUUCCCUGAAA